AUGGCAAGCGAGUCGAAUGCGGAACGAAGGGCCGAGGAGCUGGAGGUUAUGGCGGCCAUCUAUGCUGACGACGGCGUGUUCUAUGCAGGGGUGGACGGCGAGGCCGAGCUUGUUGUCCGCCCCGAUGGCUGCGACGACCUGCCGCCGCUACGCCUGCGGGUCUCCUUCCCAGAUGCCUACCCAUCAGAGGCACCACCGCAGGUAGUGGCGCUCUCGGCGCCUUGGAUUGAGCCGGCAGAAGCGCUGGAUGUCCAGGCCGCGCUUGCUGCCGCCGCCGAUGAGCUCGCUGGCGAGGUGGUCCUGCACGCCUGGAUCGAGGUCCUCCGUGAGCAUGCCGAUGAGCUUGUCGACCGUGCGGUGGCGCGCAUGCGCCUGCCCGGCACCGUCUCUGACGAUCAUGCCGAGCAUGGUGGGAAGGGUGUAGCCGGCGGAGAAGAUACCCGCGACGCCCGUGCGAGCAUGAUGGGCGGCGGCCGGAGCUUGGUGGUAGUCUCGGGCAAGCCGGUGUCGGAGAAGCGUUCCAAGUUUGUGGCACACGGCGCCCGGGUGCGAAGCAUGGAAGACGUCAACGCGUUGGUCAACGGCCUACUGUGCGAGGCCAAGAUCGCCAAAGCCACCCACAACAUGCUCGCGUACCGGUUUGUGCCGCGCGGCGGCGGCCCGCUCAACGAGGGCCGCGACGACGACGGCGAGGGCGGCGCCGGCGACACUAUGCUCAACAUGCUGCAGACGCUCGGGGCCACCAACGUGGCGGUUGUUGUUACUCGCUGGUACGGCGGCGUGCACCUCGGCUCGCUCCGGUUCAAGAUCAUUGCCGACGUGACCAAGGACCUGGUCACCUCGGCCGGCUGGGUCGAGUCGGACGAGUCCGCGCAAGCGGCGGCCACGGUGACCAAGACCGAUGCCGAGAAGUCGAGCGGUAACAGACUGCGGCCGUCGUGGGAGGUUCAUGCACGGAUCAAGCACGACCCGCAUCUCGACUCGAAUUCGUUUACCAUCGGCUACGUCGAUCGCUUCACCGGUGUCCAGGAGGUGCCGUUCGACGAGUUUCAAACCGAGGACGUGUACGCGUAUGAGGGCAUUCCUCUUCAUCGCAUCGUCUACUUCAAGCGCGACGGGGAGCUGGUGUGGGACCGCGAGACGCGGCUGGAUCUUCUGUUCAAGGACUCGGGCGAUCCGCGCGCGGCGUCGUCGUAAACGCGAACACAAGCAGC